UUUGAUCUCAUAUACUAAAACAUGCAUGGCUUGGAGUUGCUUGAUGAAAUGACAGAUGAUCAGUGAUUACAUGACAUUGCUGCAUACAGAUCAAAUUGUCGAUCCCAUGAGUUUAUGCAGCAUGUCCCAGCUGCAGGUUCACAGCCCGGCCGUGAUUCUUAAGCUUGCAACUGCAUUUGGAAGCACGCCGAACGACACCUUGAACGAAGCAUGCGGUGGAGUGUCUUUAGGUUUUGGCAUAUUCCAAGACAUCUGCCCAGAGGCCGAGGCCAUUAUCUUCUCCUGGGUCGAAAAGGCAGUCUCCAACGACCCAAGAAUGGCGGCCUCACUGCUUCGUCUCCAUUUCCAUGACUGUUUUGUCAAUGGGUGUGAUGCUUCGAUUUUGCUAGAUGACACAGAGAACUUCGUUGGAGAAAAAACUGCAGGUCCUAACUUGAAUUCUCUUAGGGGGUUUGAAGUAAUAGACGCCAUUAAGUCUGAACUUGAAUCUGUAUGUCCUCAAACCAUUUCUUGUGCUGACAUUUUAGCAACUGUUGCCAGAGACUCUGUUGUUCUGUCUGGCGGACCCGCUUGGGAAGUCCAAAUGGGAAGGCGGGACAGCUUGAGUGCAAGCAAAGAAGCAGCAAACAACAACAUCCCAGGCCCAAACUCCACUGUUUCAACCCUUGUGGCCACGUUCCAGAACGUUGGCCUUUCGCUCAAUGACAUGGUUGCCCUCUCCGGUGCGCACACAAUUGGCAAAGCCCGAUGCUCAACAUUCAGCACUCGACUGCAAGGAACCAACCAAAAUGGCGCUGAUAUUAACCUUGAUUUCGCUGCCUCACUCCAACAGCUAUGCUCAGGAUCAGACAGUAGUACGACAUUAGCACAUCUUGACCUGGUGACCCCGGCAACAUUCGACAACCAGUACUACGUUAAUCUUCUAUCUGGAGAGGGAUUGCUUCCAUCAGACCAGGUUCUUGUUAGUGGCAAUGAGCAAACCCGCAAAAUAGUCGAAACCUACGCAGAGGAUCCAUUUGUAUUCUUUGAGGACUUCAAACUUUCUAUGUUGAAAAUGGGAAGAUUGGGGGAACUAACAGGGUCAAAUGGUGAGAUUCGAAGGAACUGUCGAAGUAUUAAUUAAUUUAGCCUAUUGAAGAAGCUAGCCUCAUAUAGAGGAGUCAUGGCAUAUCCAUGCUAUAUGCAAUAGGAUGCUUAAUAUAGUUAUUUACGAAAAUAUUAAUGAAAAAUAUAAAUAGUAAUUA